GAGCAAUUGGAGGGGUGGGGGUGGGGCCCCCAGAUUCCACUUCCCCGCUGUGUGUCCCCCUCUCCCGCUCGCGCUGGCCCCCAGACCCCCUGAUCUCUCCACGCGCGCCUGGCUCUGUCCCAUUCUCCUAGGCCAAUGGGGGAGUCCACUGGGGAAGCAGGGGGUCAGAGACAUGUGACCCGUGCACUCAACAGGGCCCCAGGCUCAUAACCACCCCCGGCUUACUUUGUUGAAUGCUCUCUCACUGCCUGAAAUUCUGAAUAAUUAUUGACAGACAGCCUCACCGUUUCAUUUUGCUGUGAGUCAUUCACUUUAUACAGUGGGUCCCGAUUGUGGGGCCAGAUUUCCGGUCUGGGGGCAAACUACGGGGAGAGGGUCUGCGUGUGUGUCUGCUAAGGAUACUGAGGAACGCUGUGUAUGAGGGCAAGGGGGUGACUCCAGGAGCUGGACCCGAUGCGUUGGUGGCGCAGCUGGGGCAUGGAGGGUCUAUAGGGCCAGAGGCGCCGAUCCCGGGUAGACCCUGUCCCGAUACCCUGGAAACCUGGGGGCGGGGAGGUCGUGCUUUCCUGCCAAGUUUAAAACUUCCUCCCUGCCUGGGCCUGCCGCCCAGGACCUUGGUGUCUGUUCCUCCCUUUUGGGGUGUCCGGUCACCUCCCCCACCCCCGUUGUGAGGUUGGCCACAGGCUCCAGGGCCCUGUGGGAUUUGCCACAGUGGACUCUGGAAUGACCCCAGGCUAGGUGGCCACGCCCAGUUUGGGAGCCCGAGUUGGAGAGCAAAUUGUUCCCUGCGGCCAGCGCCCCCGAUUGGGGUGACAGGCUGGUGCCAUCAGGGACUCGAGAAGCGUGGAGACGGGUGCCUCACAACAGAUACUUGCCCAGAGCCGUGGACGUUCCACGUGUGGCAGGGACUGCCCAGUGACCAGGGAGCCCGCACCAGGUGGGCAGAAAUCCUAUUGAGUUUAUGAGGCACCAAAUGCACCAGCUGGUGGACAUCUUCUGUGACACGACCCAACACCAAUCCCGAGGAGCACCGCAACAGAGGCUCGGGCUGAGAGAGGUGGAGGAUGGCUUCAACGAGAUCAUGCUGGAAGCCGUGGACCUUCACCAUCAUCAGAACAACGACGAGGAAUCCAGUCCGUUACUUCCCGAAGUGCGGCAGGAGCUACGUUCCAGAGUCUUGAGGUCCUCCGUCCUUGACCUGGAAGAGAAGGAGCACCCCGUGGUCCAGAAGACGGAGGAGAGCUUCUGUGACAGAGCCCUGAGGUUGUUCCGAAGGCUGCUUUACCGACUGCAGCUGAAGUGGCAGGCCGCACUGGCGUGGGUGAGGGAGAAGGUGGCCGCCAGCUUUCAGGCCUUCUGCAACGCGGUGGAGGCCGUCGGCAGCGCCUUUAACAGUUUCUGCACCUCAGUGGCUCAGGUGUUCAGGAGCGCCGUCCAGGCCUAGCCCAGCCCUCCCCGGCCGCUUUCCUUGUCCGGGUCCGGCCCGUCGCUCUGGCUGUGGCGUCCUAAUAAGAGUUGGCUGCGGGCGCCCGGGGGCCUCAGUCGGUUAAGCGUCCGCCUUCCGCUCAGGUCAGGAUCUCAUGGUUCAUGGGCGUGAGCCCCGAGCCCCGCGUCGGGCUCUGUGCUGACAGCUCG